CAUUUUCACAGCGUUUUUCUCUCUCUACACUCACUCACUCUCUCACUACCAGAAGCUUCUCUCUCAUCCAAAGAGAGAUAACAGAGAAAAGAACUCACUCAAAAGUUUCAGAAUACAUUAUCAUAUUCAUUCACACACCUUAAAUCUCAACCAAUCAAACUCUUUCCAAUAAUCCCAAUGCAAGCUGCAGCUAUGGCUGCCAUGGCGGCCCACUCAAUCCUCCUAUCAUCAGCUUCACCUUCUUCUCCUACCCUUUUCGCCUAUCUCCCAAACUCACAAAACCCACCUCUCCUUUCCUCCUUCCAUGGUGUCUCACUCAAGCUCGAUCGCCCAACUCACUUCCGUUCCUUCAAUCUCACCGCCACAGCUGCUCCCAAACCCUUCACUGUCACCGCCGCCAAGAAAGCCGUCGCUGUUCUUAAGGGAAAUUCCAAUGUAGAAGGAGUCGUUACCUUGACCCAAGACGGCGAUGGUCCCACUACUGUAAAUGUUCGUAUUACUGGACUUACACCAGGGCCUCAUGGGUUCCAUUUGCAUGAAUUUGGUGACACAACCAAUGGUUGCAUUUCCACAGGACCACAUUUCAAUCCUAACAACCUCACACAUGGUGCUCCUGAAGAUGAAGUCCGACAUGCGGGUGACCUGGGAAACAUAAUUGCCAACGCUGAAGGCGUGGCAGAAGCAACAAUUGUGGAUUCACAGAUUCCUCUGAAUGGUCCUAACUCUGUUGUUGGAAGAGCCUUGGUGGUUCAUGAGCUUGAGGAUGAUCUUGGAAAGGGUGGGCAUGAGCUUAGUUUGUCCACAGGCAAUGCAGGUGGAAGAUUGGCAUGUGGUAAGCAAAAAAAAAAAAGAUUUUUCAUCUCAAAACUCAAAUAACACAUUUAAAAUUGUAUCAUCUUUUGUGCACAGGUGUAGUUGGUCUGACACCAGUGUGAGGACAAGUAAUGUAUCGGGUUUCGGGCCUUCGAUAUUUGCUUUGGAGACAACCCGGCCCGUGUUCGGUUGAAUGGGAGGCAAUGUAGAACUCUCUGCUAAUAAAGUUUUUAAAGCUGUUAAGCUAUGCUAUGCCUGCUCUAUUAAAUUUUAAUAAGCAUUUGAACAUGACAAUAGAAUAAUGUUUAGAUUUGUAUAACAACAAGUUCUUAAAUCAGAUUUGUAAUCAAAUUUGAGAUUAUUUAGUUUUCUCUAUUAUUAUUUUAGUCCUUGAAUUGAAUGUUAUUGUCGUUUUAAA